AUGUGGAAGCUCCUCUUAUUGAGCACUGUGCUGGGGGUGUUAGGGUCCCAGGAAGUGGCCUCCAGAGCAGUUCAACAGCUCGAGGCCCUUCACUGCCCUCCCUGCAGGCAGAUACACUGCUCCUCCCGGCGGGCACUGAAGCUCCAGUGUAAAGGUGGCGUCAUUACAGGUAUCUGCGGCUGCUGCCCUGUUUGUGCCAGAAUACAGGGAGAGACCUGUGGGGGAGCAUGGGACUAUUUGGGAAAGUGUGAUGAGGGACUGGUGUGUGUUUACGAGGACACAGCAGCUGACAAACCAGAUGCAGAACACAAAGGGAUCUGUAAAGCAGUGAUCGAAUCGCCGGAUCCAGAGAGCUGUCACCCAGAAUGCACACAUGAAUACUGCCAAGCCCACCCCUCUCAUAUCUGCUCUGCCAGAUUUGUGUCUCUGGAGAAAAAGGUGUGCCAAGGCUCCUGCCAGCACACCUCCUGUUCAAGCUGUCUGCUGCUGAAACCCCCGUCAUGCCUUCAGAUCUGUGCCCCUUCAAAUUUUUCCUGCCUACAACACUUUGGGAAGUGUGUGCACAGUCACCUGAAAGCAACUCAGAAUCCUAUAUGCCACAACAACUUGCAGAGUAAUCCUGAGGGGCACUUCAUGUGUUUGGUCGCAGCCUGUGAAAACACACCCCAGUAGUUCCUCACAAGAGGAAAACAAACCCA